UUGAGCGCAUUGAAGGAACUAACAUGGCGGAUGCGGGGUUCUUUAGGGGAACAAGUGCAGAACAGGAUAAUCGCUUUCGAGACAAGCAGAAAAAGCUACUAAAAUCCAUAAGAUUUGAGGAUGUCUUGGCACAGAAGGUCGAUAUGGAGAAAGUUAACUUGGAUGUCGUCAAACCAUGGGUCACGAAACGUAUUACAGAAAUUUUAGGUUUCGAGGACGAUGUUGUGUUGGAGUUUGUCGUAAAUAUGCUUGAAUCAGAAAAGAAUCCUGAUCCCAAACUAAUGCAGAUCAACCUAACUGGUUUUCUUCAAGCCAAGAAUGCUCGUAUUUUUAUGGGAGAGCUAUGGGAGCUUCUUGUCACUGCCCAGGAAAAUAUUGGUGGAAUACCACCACAGUUCCUGGAAAAGAAGAAAGAGGAGAUCAAACAGAGGAAGCUUGAGCAAGACAGAAUUCAAGCCAACCUAAAAAAACAGGGGGAGUCCCUACAAGCUGAAGCAGACAGCACAGGCCUGGAAGAAACGCAGAAUGGAGGAAACCCAGACGACCCUGAUUUACCCGAGGAAGUGCGCAAAGCAAGACAAGCAGCAUCAAAACUUGCAGAAAGCAUGGGUCGCUGUUCAAGAGACAACAAGGGUGAACCCAACACGCCUAGAAAUGACACUAAUUCAGACACCACUGAUACUGAUGCCAGUGAAAAUGAAAGAUCCAGGAAAAGAAAGAAGCGUAAAUGGAGUAAAUCGAGCUCUGAGGAAAGAACAAGAAGCUCCUCCGUCCCAAAAAUUAAACGAAAUCGCUUAAUACGCACACCAGAAAUGAGUUCUGACAAUCAAGUGCCAAAGAGUGAACCAAGGAAAAUCAAACUUGGCUCCAGUAGUGACAGCAUGAAGAGAAAAGAAGAAAGAGCAAAGCGCUUUGGAGAUAUGCUUGAACCACGACCAAAAAAGUCAAGGUUUUCUUCUAGUAGUUAUCAUUGCAUUGCCACUAGACCAGUAGACAGAGAGAAACCAGGAUGGUUUGAAACACACCAAGGAUAUGCACGAGUUGUUCAGCAAACACGUAAUAAAAUAGUUCUAGUAGGGGAUUCAAUGGUUAAAGGGCUUGCACGAUAUCCAAGGGUAUGGAGAAAUUACUUUGCAAGUCUAGGAGCCCUGAACUUUGGUAUUGGGGGUGAUCGUACUCAGCAUGUGUUGUGGAGGCUGCAAAAUGGAGAGUUAGAAUUUAAUCCUGACAUAGUUGUCAUUCAUGUCGGCACUAACAAUGUCAAUCAAGACCCUGCAGAUGAUAUAGUACAAGGAAUUCUUGCCAUUGUGGAUUACAUCACUAGUAAAACACCAAGCACUAAGAUUAUAGUCACUGGAUUGUUACCCAGAGAUGAAUUUCCAUCAUUUAGACGUAAGAAAAUAGAUGAAGUCAAUGCUAACCUAGAGGAGACAAUAGACUUCACUGAAAAUGCCAAAUAUGGCCAUGUGUACUUCCUAAAGCCUGAGUGUGACUGGGUUCUGGAGGGAGGAAUGAUUGACGAGUCUCUAUACCAUACAGACUUUCUGCAUUUGAUUGAAGCUGGCGACGAAAAGUUUGCCAAAGCCAUUGCUGGGCUUAUCAGGGAAGUGCAGCAAGGUGGCGUCAGGAAAAGUGAUAUGCCUGCAUCAAAGUCCAGAAAAGAUAAAGAUGAUCGAGAUUACAAGAGCAAAAGAAGGUCAAGGUCACAAUCCAAAUCUCCUCGUCGUGGGAGCAGAUCUCGAUCCAAGUCUGGCUCCAGAUCAUCAUCAUCAUCUCGUUCAAGAUCCAGAAGUAGAAGCCCAAGACGAAGACGAUCCCGUUCAUACUCAUCACGUCGACGAUCACCUUACAGACCAUCGUAUGGAAGGCCAGCAAGACGUAAUUCUCCACCGUCAAGAUGGAGGUCACCUAGACGACGGAGAUCUCCUGAACGAAGGUCUCGCUCCAUGUCUCCUAGACGACGGCCUCAACCAUCACGGUCACCGCGAAAGAAGGCUACCCCCCCGCGGUCUUCAUCUUCUCGAUCACGUUCUAGAAGUGCAAGCUCAGCUCAUUCAAAAUCGAAGUCAAGAUCACCAAGCCCUGAAAAAACUGAUGAAAAACCUCCUGAAAAACCCAAAGAAAAGACAACUAAUUCCCCGUCCCCACCCCCCUCACACCAUCGCUCGGAGUUCAAGAAAGAGAAAGGUCAAGACUCACCAGUACGACAGCCAUCGUUAUCGCCUUCUCCUAAACCAGAAGACAAACUAAAACAGAAGUCACCGCCAUUACCGAAGUCAUCGAAGACUACAAGUCGGAGAUACCGACAAAGAGCAUCGUCUGAGUCCGAGUCUGGUUCGUCACCUGAAAGGGAGAAGAAACGUUCAGUGUCUCCAAGACGUAGGGAGUCUUCUCCACGGACUAGAAAACGUGAUGAUUCGUCUAGAGAUCGCCGUAGGAGUGCUAGCCCUCGAGAUCGUAGAAGACGAUAUUCUCCACCAAGACAGCGAAGGGACUAUCCCCGAUACUCACCACGCCGUAGAAGGUAUUCCCGAUCACCAUCACCUAGACGACGCAGACGUAACGAUAGUCCACCACGACGCCGGCCUUCCAGAAGAAAUUCCCCUUCUCCAUCGCCUCCCAGAAACAGAAGGAGGGUCGAUUCAUCGCCUAGACGACGAGAUAAAAGAAGACGAGAUUCAGUAUCUCCAUCUCCACCUAGAAGAAGACGCCCAUCACCGCCAAGACGACGAAGAUCACCGUCGAAGAGUGAAUCGCGCUCGCCUUCUCCUCGACGCAGACCAAGACAAAGAGAAUCUCGUAACAUUAAACGGGAAGAGUCCUCUAGUGCAUCGCCACCCAGAAGAAAGUCUGCUGGUCCAGUACCCAAGAAACGCCCUCAGAAGAAAGAAGACAGCUCAGAAAGUGAUGCUUCGCCAGCCAGGAAAAAACACGUUCAAUCGCCGCCACGACGAAAAACUAGAAAAGAGUCCGAAAGUUCCUCUCCAGAACGUCCUCCACCUAAAAAGACUGCGCAGAAGAAACAACGCAGUAGAUCAGUGUCUUCACCAGAAACCCGUCGCGGUCCUCCAAGAUCAGGUGGAAGAGGACGCAGAGAUAGUCGAUCAUCAAAAUCGCCAGCUCGUUCUCCGCCACGAAGUAGUAAACGACCACGAAGAAGAUCGGCGUCAUCGUCGUCUGAAGGAAGCCCUGUCAGACAAGCCCCACAAAAGCGCGAGAAACCAAAGCAAAGACGAUCAAGAUCGAAAUCAAGAACGCCUCCUGCAAGAAAACAACGAACACAGCGUCACUCCAGCUCAUCGUCAUCUCCAGAUAAACGAACCAAAUCCGAUCAACUUAAAAAACGAGACUCUACUCAGCUAACAAAACAACUUGACAAAUCACACUCAAAACGAGAAUCUCUCUCACCAAGACCCUUUUCAACUCAUAAGGACAAAAGAAAGGCUUCAGAACGACGCUCACCGUCGUCUGACCGCGGUAGCGUUUCUCCUCCAAGACGAAAAAGAUCCCCAAGUGUCGAGAAAGAAUCACAAGUGAAGAAAUCUGCUGAGAGGAAUUCCUCUGAUGAAGAAGAGAAAGGACCAGUGAAGAAGCGAAGCGUCUCUCCGGUCAAGGAACCCUCAGGAGAUAGUGACGCUGGUAAAGAUGAAAAACCCAAAAAGAAAAAGAAACAUAAAAAACACAAGAAACAUGGAGAGAAGAAACACAAACGCAAAGACAAACACAAGCACAAGAAACAGAAGACUAAAGACAGAUCCCCUGAGAAUUCAGAAAGCGAAGACGAACAUCAAGGGGAAGAAGGCAAACAAGAUGAUGAUGGAGACGAUCUGGAAAAGCAGCUACGACAAAAAGCCCUUCUUUCAAUGGCUAAACGUAAGCAGUCCAGUCAAGACUCCAAUGACGAGGAUUAAGAAGAUUGAGAAUCCUGUGUAUAUCCACCAAAAGCCCUCAAUCUUGCCUGGAAAAAGCUUUGUUCGCGAAAAAGCGCAAAGAAAGGCUGAUAUAUCCGCUAAAUUUCGAGCUCAUUUCGUGAAAAUCCUUAUGUAUAUUUUACUUACUCGGAGCAUAUAAGGUUCUGCUGUGUUUUUUAAUAUAUAGAAAACGAAAAUGCAUACGUGUAAGGACCAUAUGGUUAGCUCUCCAAAAACCCGUGAAAUAAUACCACUAAAGACACGCAAGUAUGUUUCACGGUUUAUGGAGAUAUCUCAAUAGACAGCUGUACGUGAACAAUAGAAGAGAAAGCGGUUUGUAUUUGUUCCACAGAUUUAAUUAAGCACACGAUAAUGUUCUUAGAACAUGUACUUGACUCUUUCCUAGUGAAAUUUUGAUUUAUUAUUUUACCCCAGACAUUAACUUUAUGAAUUUUCAAUAACUUGUAACGAGAAAUAAAUUGUGAAUUGACUUUAAAA